CAGCUGAUCAAAAUAAUGUCAUGUGAUGUGUCAGAUGAGCACUUUCGCCUCGAGAAAACAGAUACAAAGAUAGAGAUACAAGUGAUGUCUGGGAAUGUUAGAAGUGCAUUCAGGUCAGUAUACACCUUUGGUGGCAAGAUCAACUGGUUCCCAGGCCACAUGAUCAAGGCUGCCAAACAACUCAGAGAGAGUAUCAACAAAGUUGAUGUAGUUCUAGAGAUACGUGAUGCUCGUGCACCGAUAUCAUCUGGAAAUCCACUAUUAUAUGAUAUAUUGAAGCAAUGGAAGGAUCAGGAUGGACUCAAGUCACACUUUAUAGUCUUUAACAAGGCAGAUCUGUCUAAUCACAAUCUUCAGAGUCGUAUCAAGAGUCAUUUUGAACAGUCAUCAACAUCAUCGUCAUCAUUGCCAUUGUCACCAUCAGAGCUCAAUCAUCAGGUUAGAGUUGCAUUCACUCAGUCGUCAUCCAAACAGAACUCGGCUGCCACACAACAUUCAUCACAUCCGCGUCAUCCCUAUCAAGUCAUCAAGCAAUCUGUACAGUAUCACAACGACAUGCUCUCCAAACUACAACAAUCAAACGCCACACCUGCAUCGGCUGCGCCCGUCAGCACUUCAUGGAUCGAUCCCAGCAAGCUGAAGCGAGAGAUCAACAUGCUGGUGAUAGGCGUGCCCAAUGUGGGCAAGAGUUCACUGAUCAACGCGAUACGCACGGCUUGCAAGCUGACCAAGGCGGCCAAGACUGGCGCGCUACCUGGUGUCACUCGCCAGUUCAGUGGGUUCCGAGUGUCGGACGACCCUCCCGCAUUCCUCGUCGACACGCCCGGCAUCAUGAUACCGGGUGUUCAGGAGGACAACGAACGUGCGCUUAAGCUCGCAUUGAUUGGCGCCAUUUCAGAGAAGGGAGUGUCCAACCAAGACGUUGCGGACUACCUCCUGUUCAAGCUGAAUCAACUGAACAACACAACCUAUGUCAAGCUGCUGGACAUUCCCGAUGGACAACCAACAGACAGGAUAUCAGAGCUGUUGGAACAUGUAUGUCGACAUCAAAAGUUCUACCAGACAUCCAAGACUGGCGAUGCUACACCAACUCAAUCAUCUAGACAUUCAUCGAGACAAUCAUCACCAAGACAACAACAACAACAUGUUGAACAACAGCAGCCUCUUCAGCAUUAUGACUUUGAACAAGCAUCAAGGUACUUUAUCAACAUGUAUCGCAAUGGCAAGUUUGGCAACUUCUGUUUGGACAAGAUAUCCGAUGGAUCUGUGGCAGCAGCGGCUACCACGACCACUCCAUUGACUGGCGACAGCAAUAGUGAACAGAAACAGGAAAUAACACCG